AUGGCCCCUCAACCAAAAGACGCCAGGGUGCUGGACCAGAAACGGCAAGACGGCAGCUAUUCCCAACCACGGCCAUCGUCACCAGCAACCGUUCCGCCCACAGCCGCGGCCAUCGCCAGCCCAGGCACGGCAUCAGAUGCCGCAGAGCGCGCGCCGACGUAUCAAGAGGCCACCGAAGCAAAGGGGGCUGUUCCCACCGUCGACUCGCCCUUCAACUUCCCCACGUCGACGGACCUCCCUCCCUCGUACGAAGCUCUCGCCGAGGCAGAAGCCGGGCCCAGCUCAUCAAACGCCGUCAAGGCGAAGCCCAUCGCCAUCCCACAAGUCGCCCCCGACCCGGCGGCCCCCUUCCUCCCGGCCUACGCCCCGUCCCUCCUCGCACACGGCAUCACCGAGCAGACGUGGCGCUCGUUCCUCGACACCGUGUCCGCCUUCCUCACGGCAAAGGUGUCCGACAGGGCCGUCGCUCACGCCGGCGACGUGGCCAAGAGCCUCGGCGAGCCGCCCAGGAACUACGGCAGGUCCCUCGCCAACCACACCAAAAGCGUGGGCAAGCAGCUCGCCAAAGACGCCAGGCGCUUCAACCUAUUCGGCGUGGCGGCCGGCGUCAUCGGGGGCGCCAUCUCCAUCCCCAUGCACGCCGCCUUGGGCGCUGUCCAUACCGUAUUCCAGAUUCCCGGCGCCGCCGUGUCUGCCGUUUCCAGGACGCCCAGGACGCCGCUGCAACGGGCGGCCACGUACGCGGCCGUCGCGAGUAGAGACUGGCUGAAUGCCAGGGGGCUUCACGCCGUCCUCUUGGACACGGGACAGCUGGCCGAGAUGGUUCACGUCCCGGGGGGCAAGUUUCUCGAGAUGGCGGCCGAGGGGGGCAAGAGUGGCACGGCGGUAGCUGCAAUGGGCGCCUUGGGCGGGCACAUUGAGAAGCUGGACAUGCUGGCGGAUGAGGUUGUCGUGUUGAGUGACAAGACGCUGUGGCUGGUGCUGGUGCCGGUUGUGAAAGAGGAGAAGCAGGGCACAGAGUAG